AUGAUAUCUAAAUAAUUUUGUUUGAUAAUCUUUUGCUUGCUUGGUCUAUCUUGUGCAUUCUUGACAUAAUCUUAAUUCAGAAAGAGUAGUAUAAAAGAAAAAUACAUUGACAACCUUUUGCAUGCUCAAAAAGGUUUAGAUUUCUCUACUCAGUGUAAUAAUGUCGAUCUAGCUAACUACUAUAAUGGAACUGCUAUGUCUGGAUACUUGAAUGUUGGAAUUAAGAAUUCCACUUCAGCUUUAGGUUUUUUAUUUUUUGGAGCUAAGGGAGUUCCUGCUUCUCAAUUGAAAAAUAUUCCAACUAUUAUUUGGAUAGAAGGAGGUCCAGGAUGUACAUCUAUGUAUGGUGCUUUUAUCGAGAAUGGUCCUCUUUAUAUUAUUUAAUAGAGCAAGAAAAAUUUCACCUUCUAAGUAAAUUCUUUUACUUGGACAAAUGACUACAAUGUUAUUUACAUUGACCAACCUAUCGGAACAGGAAUUUCACAUGCCUAGAAAAAAUCUGAUAUUCCCGUUGAUGAGAAUUAAGUAGCCUAGUAAUUCUACUUUGCUCUUAAUCAGCUUUAUAACUCAGAAAACGGAUGCUUUAAACAAGUCGGAAUUAACCCAAAAGAUACACCUUUGUUUAUCUAUGGUAUUUCUUAUGCUGGAAAAUAUGUACCUUCUAUUGCUUAGUACAUAGUUCAAUAAGGAAAUAAAUUUAAUCUAAAAGGAGUAGGAAUGGGUGAUGGAUUUACUUCACCUUAUUAUGACACUCAAAGUGUUAACUAAUACUCUUAUGACCAUAACUUAAUUACUUUAGAUUAAUUUAAUAAAAAUUAAGUGAAGGUAGAGUCUAUUUAAAAAUUCAUUAAAGAAAAGAAAUGGAAGAAAGCUUUUGACUUAUAUUCCAAACUCCUUGAUGACGCUAAUCCUAAUAACCUUGAUAUUUAUAAUAUUGGAAGAAAAGAGCAAGAUAAAUCUUACUUAGAGAAUUUUGUAAAUUCUAAAUAUGGUUAGGAAAUAUUUAACUUUAAGUUAGACAAGACUUUUGAAAUUUGUGAUUCUUAAGUUUAUGAAGUGUUUACAACUGAUUUUAUGUAAGAAGAUUGUGUAGCCAAAGUCGAAUAUUUAUUGCAAGAAGGAAUGUAUGUCCAUGUCUAUAAUGGAGACUUAGACUUAAUCGUACCCUAUUACACUCCUUAAUUAUGGCUUCCAAAGUUAAAUUGGUCUAAAAUCAAUAGUUUUAUUGAAGCUCCUCUCAGAGUUUGGAGAUAAGGAAACACUGGUACUAUUUAUGGAUAUAAAUAAUAGUAUGACCUUUUGAGCUUUUCUCUUGUCUUAAACGCAGGUCACAUGGUCACUGAGGAUUAACCAGAAGCUGGAUAUCACCUUAUAAAAGAUUAAAUAAACUAUGUUUUAUCUAAAUAAUAAGUUGAUGUUAUUUGA